AUGAAGAGGAAGUUGGACCAUGGCUCCGAGGUCCGUUCUUUCUCUCUGGGAAAGAAACCCUGCAAAGUCUCAGAAUACACAAGUACUACGGGGCUGGUGCCAUGCUCUGCCACGCCGACUACUUUUGGGGACCUGAGGGCAGCCAAUGGCCAGGGACAGCAGCGCCGCCGCAUUACAUCUGUGCAGCCGCCCACGGGCCUUCAGGAGUGGCUGAAAAUGUUUCAGAGCUGGAGUGGACCAGAGAAGUUACUUGCUUUAGAUGAGCUGAUUGACAGUUGUGAGCCCACCCAAGUAAAACACAUGAUGCAAGUGAUAGAGCCCCAGUUUCAAAGAGACUUCAUUUCCUUGCUCCCAAAAGAGCUGGCACUGUAUGUGCUGUCAUUCCUGGAACCCAGGGACCUUCUGCAGGCAGCCCAGACUUGUCGCUACUGGAGAAUUCUGGCUGAAGAUAAUCUUCUCUGGAGAGAGAAAUGCAAAGAGGAGGGGAUUGAUGAACCAUUACAUAUCAAGAGGAGGAAGGUAAUAAAACCAGGCUUUAUACACAGUCCGUGGAAAAGCGCCUACAUCAGACAACACAGGAUUGAUACCAACUGGCGGCGAGGAGAGCUGAAAUCGCCUAAGGUGCUCAAAGGCCACGACGACCACGUCAUCACCUGCCUGCAGUUCUGCGGGAACCGCAUCGUGAGCGGCUCCGAUGACAACACGCUCAAAGUGUGGUCGGCGGUCACGGGCAAGUGUUUGAGAACGCUGGUCGGGCACACAGGCGGAGUCUGGUCAUCGCAGAUGAGGGACAACAUCAUCAUCAGCGGGUCGACAGACCGAACGUUGAAGGUCUGGAACGCCGAGACUGGGGAAUGCAUACACACCUUGUAUGGGCACACCUCCACCGUGCGCUGCAUGCAUCUCCACGAGAAAAGAGUGGUCAGUGGAUCUCGAGACGCUACGCUGAGAGUUUGGGACAUAGAGACGGGCCAGUGUUUACACGUUCUGAUGGGCCAUGUAGCUGCAGUUCGGUGCGUUCAGUACGACGGCAGAAGGGUUGUGAGUGGUGCAUAUGAUUUUAUGGUCAAAGUGUGGGAUCCGGAGACAGAGACAUGUCUGCACACGCUGCAAGGACAUACCAACAGAGUCUACUCAUUACAGUUCGAUGGUAUCCAUGUGGUGAGUGGCUCUCUGGACACUUCCAUCCGAGUUUGGGACGUGGAGACGGGCAACUGCAUUCACACGCUAACAGGCCACCAGUCUCUCACGAGCGGAAUGGAGCUCAAGGACAAUAUACUCGUGUCUGGGAAUGCUGAUUCUACAGUCAAAAUCUGGGACAUUAAAACAGGACAAUGUUUACAGACAUUGCAAGGUCCCAACAAGCAUCAGAGUGCUGUGACCUGUUUACAGUUCAACAAGAACUUUGUAAUUACCAGCUCAGAUGAUGGGACUGUAAAACUCUGGGACUUGAAAACGGGUGAAUUUAUCCGAAACCUAGUCACAUUGGAGAGCGGAGGAAGCGGAGGUGUCGUGUGGCGGAUCAGAGCUUCUAACACAAAGCUGGUGUGCGCAGUCGGCAGCCGCAACGGGACUGAGGAAACAAAGCUGCUGGUGUUGGACUUUGACGUGGAUAUGAAGUGAAGGGCAGAAAGAUGAAUUUGUCCAAACGUGUAGACGAUGUUCUCCUUUCCCUCCCCCUGAAAAAAAAGAGAAAAAAAGAAAAAAAAUAAAAAGGAAAAAAAAAAAUCCCUUGUCCUUGGUGGUGCAGGAUGUUGGCUUGGGGCAACAGAUCCUAAAGACCUACGGACUACGAAGGAGAAGACAAAGAUGACAAACUAUAACUGACAAGAGAGGCAUUUGCUGUCUUGUCACAUAAAAAGGCUACACUUUUGACCGGGGCAGCUUUGCAAAAACGCGACUUUGGAAAUUAAACCAGGUGCAAUUAAUUCUUUACUUUCCGCCAACCGCUCCUCGCGUAAUUUGGAAGUGGG